AUGUUCAAAGAAGAAAGCAUGUCAUUCCCUCCUAGGGUGCACUCUCCUGUGGGCAUGCCGAGAAGAGCACACCCAGGAGCUGUUCUACUAUCUCCUCAGGCCUCGGCAAUGAACAAUAGCCAUAGCACUGGGCCCGGCAACAGCGGCGUUUCGCAGCUUCCCCUUAGCCCCCAGCUUUCUUCUCAGCAUCUCUCUCUCAACGACUUGUUGGAUCAACAACAAAACAUGUUAGUCGACUCGCAACGCGCAGCAGCCGGACCUGCUGUCGUUUCCCCAAUGCUACAGCCUAGCUCAUCUAUGUUUUUGGAUACUUUCACCAGGCCCGCCAGCAGCGGAGCUCAGGUACCGGCUCCUCAACAUAAUAGUAUGGUCAACUUUGCGCAUGACCUCAAUCAGUUGUGUUCUUGGAUGGCAAUGCUCUCCACAUCUCAGCAAAACUCCGUUAUGGAUAAUCUUUUGUCUUCGUUGAACGAGGAAGUGCUACAGCAUACUAAACUCAAGCUGGACAGUCUGAUCAGCAGUGGGUACAUUUCACCUAGCGUGAGAUCUCCUCAAGUCAUAGCCCCUAUGCCAGACAGAGGACCAACUCCCCAGCCAUUGACUCUGGACUCUUUGUUAAACAACAACAUGGACCAUCAUAUGAGUCGCCAGUGGUCUCCUAUUCCUCAAAAUCCUUCAAACAGCCAGCCCAUCUACGACUACAUCAACGACCUUACCCAUAGGCCUCGCUCUGCUGACCCGCAGCUCAGGAGAAAAAUGGGUUCGUCCGGGAAGCCAGUGCAAAAGAAAUCGCCUACCCAGCCUAAGCCAAAUCCACACAACGGACUCAGCUCACCAACUGGAUCUAAUGGAUCAUCUGCUUCUUCUUCCAUGAACCCAAAAACGUUAACGGAUCCAAAGCUUCUAAAUAACAUUCCUGCUUGGCUGAAGUCUUUGAGGCUGCACAAGUACUCUGAUGCUUUGAGCGGAAAACCAUGGGCUGAGCUGGUUUACCUUGAAGAUGAUGCGCUUGAAUCCAUGGGCGUUUCUGCACUCGGUGCAAGAAGAAAGCUUUUGAAGGCGUUUGCGGUUGUCAGAGAUUACAAGGAGCGGGGGCUAAUCGACGCCAAUGCAUAUUAA